UUCCACCAUGGACAGAACCGAGAAUUAUUGUAGCGGAGGAGGCUUUAACGUUCCGUUCGCACAUUCACAUGUGUGAUGCCUCCGUCAUCGUCGCGUAUCGGGGUGUAGUGUGGUGCAGUUCAUCGGGGGUUACGUGCGACCACGGUUUCGCCCGCUUUUCCGGACAAUAUUGGAUUUCUUAUCAGUUCUCGCGUCGAUAUGGCCUGGCUGUCCGGUCUUGCUGAUAAGGCAGAGAACCUGUUAAAUAAAAUUGACAAGAACACCGCGGCCGUCUUGAACAAAGAUAAGUACGAGAUGCCGCAGGGUCAUCUGUCAGAAGUUACGUGGCUCCCACCGGAAUCUGGGCUAAAUGGAAAUGCAUCCAAGACUCCUCUGUUGGGAUCGUCGGGUCAUAUUCCCUACGCAGCUCCUACUUCGAGCUUGACGUCGGUGAAUUUGUUGAACGUAGCGGCACCAAACGAGGACGCGCUAUUCACAUACUUGAAUACGCCCGAUCCGAGUCCAAAGAGGAUAACAGAAUCCUACAAAUCGCCGUUGACUAUGUCAUCGUUGUUGGUGGAGCAUCCCGCGGAUGAUACGGACUCGGAUCUGUCGAUUCCGAGUGAUCGGAUUAGCCCAACUCCGUCUCAUGUUUCGAUAGAGAUGAUCCCCAACGCUUCGGACGAUAAAGACGCCGAAAUAAAUGCGGAAAGUGCAAAUUUGUAUCCAUAUAAUGAAGUACAGACCUUGGAUUGCGAAACUCUGGAUAAGUUGACAACGAAAACUACACAGAAUGAGCACAGUAAUGCGGAAGAACAUUCAAAUAUACUCUAUCCUCAGCCCAGUAAUAAAAUAAAAUCGAACACUGCAAGAACAGAUAAUUUAGUUGAUCCAAUUGAUUCAGCGAAUAAACAGAAAUAUAUAAAAGAGAUGGACAGGCACUUGGAGAAACAAAAUGAAUUUCUUGGGAAGCAGACAGAUUAUCAAAAAGAGAUUGUAGUUUUAAAUGAGAAACUGAAAGCCUUGGAAGUAGAAAAGUUAGAGCAGUCGAAGCAAAUAAUAGAUUUGCAAUCUGUCAUCGAUAGAAACAGGCAGGAAUUAAUCUCAAUUAGGUCUGAACUGGAACAGCAUAAGGCUAGGGCGUUGAAAACUCUACAAGAAAAGGAGAAACUUAUAACAGAACUUAAGAGCAAUGCACCGACCGCUAUGGACGAGGCCACCAUUAUGGAGUUGAAUCAAUUGAAGCAGGAACGUGACGGUGUUAGGGAGGAAAAUCAGCAGAUUUGUCAGCAACUGAAAAUGCUGCGAGAAGAGUUGGCAAAUGCAGAUCUGAACUUGGAAAAGAUUAGACAAAAGUCAGUCGAGACAAAUCUACAAAAUCAAGAGAUUCUUACUAGUGAGAGACGCCGAAGAUUAGAAGCGGAAGAAGAUAUGAAGUUGCAUUCGGAAGAAAUAAGAUCCUUGAAAGAUGAAUUAAUUAGUCAGCGUAAUGGAUUUAGUUUACAGUUACAAAAGCAGAAUUCAGAGAUUUCUAGGCUUAAGUUGCAGCUAUCUGUAUCGGCAACGCCGAGCAAUGAAAUGGAUUCGAGAAUAGCAUCUCUUACCCAAACUCUGGUUCUGAAACAGCAAGCAUUGGAAUGUUUGACAACCGAAAGAAAUGCGUUACGUCUCCAGCUUGAGAAGAUCGAGCACGAAUAUAGAAAUGCUGCGGGCAAUUUACGAAGAAACAUAUCGUACAAUAAUAUAAACGACACAGACGAUGCAAAAGCUCAAGUUCCCACGUUUUUAAUGGAAACACCAUUCGAUACCAGUGUUACUAGAAGAGUAAAAAGAGCUUACUCUUCAUUGGAUGCUAUAAGUAUUCGAACAGGUGUAUUUUUAAGGAGAUAUCCGCUAGCUAGAAUUUUAGUAUUGAUUUAUAUGGCACUGCUCCAGUUGUGGGUUUUGGUAGUCCUUUUAUCUCAAUCACCGGAGGCCCAUUAAUAAAAAUUGAAAUGCUACAAUCUUAAGAUACAAUGAGAGGGAGAUAUACAAUAUAUUUAUAGGAGAUCAAAUUUUUUUGUGAAUAUCAGAAAGCAAUAUAUGAGGCAGAUUAGAUCUUGUACAGUUUAAUAGCAUAUCUUUAGCUAUAAAAUUAUUGAUAAAUAAACACUCAAAUAAAAUAUAGUGAUAAA